AAUGGCUGCUCAUAAGGACGAGGGCGAGAGUGAUGAUGACUCAUAUGAAGUGAUAGACCUUACGGAAUAUGCCAGGCGUCACCAGUGGUGGAGUCGCGUUUUUGGUAACAGUCCUGGACCAAUUGCAGAGAAAUACUCAGUGGCCACCCAGAUAAUGAUGGGUGGAGUAACCGGAUGGUGCGCAGGAUAUCUUUUUCAGAGGGUUGGAAAAAUUGUUGCCACAGCACUUGGUGGAGGGUUCCUUUUAUUACAGAUUGCCAAUCACACUGGUUAUGUGCAGGUUGAUUGGAAGAGAGUUGAGAAUGAUGUCAACAAAGCAAAGAAGCAUUUGAAGAACAGGGCUGAUAGAGCAGCUCCUGAAAUCAAAUCGUUCCUUGGGGAGUCUACUGAGUUUGUGAAGAGAAAUGUUGUCCUCUCCGGUGGCUUCCUGGGAGGUUUUCUGCUUGGACUGGCAUCCUAGACUUUGUGUGUCCCACCAGUCCUCCAGGAAGUAAAUUGUGUGUGUGUGUGUGUGGGGAGGUUUUUUUUAUUUUAUUUUAAAAAAUAAUUCUUUUGUGCCAAGCACUGUCAUCGUCUGUAUAAUGCCUGUUUAUUUGGUCACUGUGGGGGGGGGUGAUAGAACACAAGAUUUACCUUUAAGAUGGCCUGUACCAUGACAUUUGCCUCUCAUUUGUGUAUUUUGGCUUGUGUAUCUUAAUGAGCUCUGUGGUACUCUGAGACAUACUUUGUUUUUGAUAAAUAAUGAGUUUUGUGUUUUAUGUAACUGUGGCAAACAUCAUUUUGAGGUAGUAUCUUCUUAAUGGUGCAGUAUUGCCAGUUCUUUGUAGUGUAUUUAGUUAUGAAUGCCAAUUUCCAUAGUUUUUAUUUCUGUUUUUUGUAUUUCAAGUAAAAUUGUAAACAUAUUGGUGAAAAUGGUAUGUGCAUGAUAGUUGUUACUGGUUUUUAAAUCAAAAUUUUGCCUUUCAAAGAUUAUGCCUAACAAGUGUUGUCACCGUGAUCGGUCUCUCUGCUGAGCCACUGUAAAAAUUAAAGUUGUUUAAAAAUGCUCAUUUGUGUACUUACUAUACAUACUUAUGUAUAGUAGCUGCCUGUUUCCUUUUUUUGUGUUGCGAGGCAGUUACUUGGUCAGUAAAUAAUAAUGCAGAGAUCCUCUUAAUAGCUUAACUAAAUCACCAGAUAAAAUAGCUUGCAUUUUAGCAAUAUUCAAAUUUUGCUCCAGUUUUCUCUUUGGCAAUAUUGUUGACCAGUAUUAUGCUAGCCCAGGAAAAUAAGUGAAAUAAAAAGCGAGAGGAUUCUUACGAGCAGAAGGAGAAAAUGGGUAUUUUGUGUUAGACAGCUCAGAAAUAAGUUCUGGGGAAAGUUUCAAAAGAGCCCCUUAGGAUUAAGUUUACAACUUAAAAAACUUACAUGAAUUAAUUACACUGAUGGUUUUUCUCCGAAGCAGCUUCCAAUGAGUGAAUUAUUUCUUCAGCGGGGUCCAUUUUAUUAGAGCAGUUUUGGACAGGUACUUUGCUCAUGGGCACUAUAGCAGCAGGUAGGAUUUGAACUUACACCCUUUGGAAGGUAGGUUAGAGGUAGCAUGUAAUGCUGAAGAAUGUUAUGUGUACGUGCUGCCAUAUAGCUGAUAUCCUUAAUUCACUGUUUCAUCCAUAUGAUUUAUAAUUAUUAAAAUAUUGUUAAAA